AUGAACAAUGUUGCAUUUACAGUUGCUCUAAUUAGCGCAUAUUACGUUUCUAGAGAUCCGAAUGUAAAUAUUCCGAAUCAAUUGUUAUCUCUUUGCCACGAUUUCGAAUCACAUCUCUUUCAACCAUACAUGACAUGCCUAUCACAAAUUAUCAUGAGAAUACCUUCAGACCAAUUAAAUUUAGAUCCAGAAAGUUCUUUACAACUAGUGACAAAUUGCCUUCAACCAUCGAUUGAUCCGAUAUACUCUUCAUCAGCAAUGAAAAUUUUAUUCGCAUUAGUAGAAAAUGUCGGUGCAGUCGACUCAUUAAAAAAUCUUGCGGGAAAUAUAUGCCAGGCGAUAUCUAGUUUUAGCGGGGACACUUUAUUUCAAGCACUAUCAGAUUUAAACAUAUUUACGCCGAAGCAUUCGGACUUCUUUUCAGAUAUUUUAACAGAUAUAAUCCAAGUUUUACUAGAAAUCUCAUUAAAUACAGAAAACGCAGAGCAAUCACGCAUGAAAGCAUUACUAAACAUGAAUAUCCUCAUUUUACAGAUGCCUUCCCUUUGUUCAGAUUUUCUUGGAGAUAUUAUUGAGGGAAUCAUUCGAAUUGGAUGCGAAGUAACAAUAGAAGAUUAUUUAUUAUCAGAUGAAGACUUCACAUAUAGUCAAUACGCAUUAGAUCGGCUUGGAGAAAUAAUAUUAGACGAUACUUUAGCUCCUUUAGCGAUUUCUAUAUGCAAUGAAGCUGUUAGUCAGCUUCUAUCCUCAUAUAUAUGGGAAAAUACAUAUGUAGGCAUAGUAAUUCUCGAAAAAAUAAUUCGAGCGGGUUCAGAUUACACAAUAUCCUUUUUAGGGGACUAUAUUUCACUUAUACUACCACAUGUUACUGACGAAGCUCCAAUAAUACGCACGGCAGCUUGCAAUACGCUCUCAAUUGCUUCGACAAUUUACCAGCCAACGAUACAGAACCAAUAUGCGUCAACCAUCAUCCCAGUGUUUGUUCAACUGAUUGACCAGGACGCAGACGAGAAGUCUUGCUGCGUAGCAAUACGUUCUCUCUCCGAGUUUUGCCAAUUUUGCACUCCGACCACUUUAGAAGAAUAUUGCGACCAAAUAUUGGCGGUUAUUGUAAACCAUGGCCUUGCCGAUGGCAAUGAAGAUUUCCAGUCAAAUGUUAUAGGUUGUGUCAAUGUUUUCAUUCCGAAACUGAAGAAACCUUUUCUAGAUAAUUAUAAUCAACUAUUGAUCACAAUUAUCUCGAAUCUUCAGACAAUGACCGAUAAGCCGAAUGUCAGAGCAAGAACACUUGAAAUGAUUUACCUCAAAAACGAAUAUUCACUCAUGACAAAUGAAAUUACAGAUUUAAUGUCACUUUUCUUGUCAUGGGAUUGGGAAUUAUUAAGUAUUGAUGAAUAUCAGAACCUCACGAAAUGUGUUCUAUCUUUUUCCAUGUUCAACACCCCGGAAUUCAUCAAUUUCGCACCAGAAAUCAUGAACAAAUUAAUUUUGAUCCUGAUGAAUGCGAAAAAUCCAACAGUUCAUCCGGAGUUUCAAUCAGAUUUCAUCCAGAACUCAGAUACAAUACCAUUGCUUUGCGAUAACUCUGUCAUCGAAAUCUCAAAAUCCGAAAUUUCGAAACUAAAAAGUACAAUUUUGACAAUUGACAGAAUUUUGUCAGUUAUCGGAACUCAAAAUUGUAUCACGCCUUUUUGGGGACAGAUAAAGAAAGUAUAUGGUGAUUGCAUGCUGUUAAAUAUAUACCCGACACUUCCGGAAUGCGCUAUACAUUGUUUCGUGAGAUUCUUUUCUUUGUACAACGAAAUUGAUGACGAAAAACACACAAAACUCCAAAAAUUUGGAUCAACAUUUAUUAACAUUUGUCUUAAACUUGCUAAUAUCACUGCGAACAUGAUGAUAUUGGCAACAAUUGUAAGACAUUUGAGAUUUUCUGUUGUGAAACUCGCAAAUUUCGGAGUUUUGGAUUCCCAAAAUUUGUUGAAUCAAAUUUUUCAAAUUGAUGAAUUGGUCGAGAGCAAAAUCAACAAAAAAGAAAUGAUUGACACAGAAAGAGAUUGUCUUGAUAGUGAAAUUGGUGAAUUCUUGGCAAUGUGGUUAAAACUGUUUCCAAACGAUAGCGAAACCGUUUUGUCAAAUUUGAUUGAAAAAUAUCCGAUUAAUUUUGAAAACACGAGGCCAUUGACAUUAGAUAUUUGGGUUCUUUGGUUUACAAUCAGUCAAUGCCAAGACGAGCGUUUGCACAGUGAUUUAAUCAAAUGUGUUUUCAAUCAAACAGGAUCUCCAUCAAUUUACGUGACAUUAAAUGCUUUUUUGUGUUUAAAUAGAUUGGCUAGGUUCACUCAACUUAAUGAAGAAACACUACAAGAUGCCGUUGUCACUGUUAUCUCUAGUUUGGAUAGAAGUUCUAUUUCAAACAACAAAGAAAUUGUUGGUUCUGCGAUGAUUGCUUUGAGUUCACUUUUACAAAAUUUGGAGAAAGAAACAAAUGAAAACUUAUUAGUUUUUGUUGACAAAUUCCCAUUGACAACCAAUUUUGAAGAUAUAGAUAUUACUUAUUCGUAUUUCCUUUCUCUUAUAGAAUCAGAACAGUUCCAAAUGGAUAAGAAUUUAAUGCAGAUUUUGAUCAAUGUUAUGGUUUUUGUUUCAAAUAAUGAAAUCAUUUCAUUAGAAAAUAUGAACAGAUUAAAGACAGUUUUCCAAGGAAUUACACAAAAUGAAUCACUUGUUCAUGUAUUAAUUGACUUGCUUCAGAACUCAGAUAUGAGUACUCAGAAAGUAUUCUCUUCAAUAAUGUAA